AUGAACGAGCAAUUACCCGCCUCUCCGACGCCGUCGUUCACAUCGACUGCAAGCCUAAGUGGGUCGAGUGAGGCAGACAGCGAUCUCUUCUCAACCCUGUUCGAGCUACCAGCGCUUAGCUACUCACCCAGCUCCGCUUCCGACAGAGGAGAUCGCCCUUUUCCUUACACUCGGUCCAAGACACGUUGGCGAAAGCGACCAAACGACGAGCUAAAGUAUCUGCGAGCUCAAAUCAUCGAUCUAGAGGGUCUGAAAACGGCGCUGAGCUACCAGCCGAGACGACAUGGUGGGAAUGCCAAUGAACCCCACGUCAGCGAAGAGUGUCACGCGAAGCAGCUGCAUGCUGCGCUCAAAGAGAACCGAAGACUGCGAGCAAUGGUAGCGCGUCGGUUCCAACUCGCUUGCUCGCUUCAAAGUGCAAUCGAUGAGCAGUUGCGGCUGAGAGCUGGGAAAAUCUCAUGGCCGAAAAGCACUGCGACUUCGGACGAGUUGAUUUUUGCCUUGCUGGACGAAGAGAAAGACAAGCAGUUCGCUGUGCUCGACAAGGUAAUGGAGGAGAGUGGGAUCGCGCGAGUAUUUCACUCGCUGUACUCUUCACUGCAGCUCCAAGUUAGCGGAAAUCGAGUGUCGUUCCAGCACAGCGAGGUGCGAAUGCUCCCGUUCAAUGUGGCGGAUGUGGCUGGCUCGCUUCGACACUGUUUGAGCUACGGAUCGAGAGUCGGGCCGACUAGACACUGUCGCAACAUUCGGAUGUAUGACGAAUACUUUCAUGCUGUUACGGCCGACAAGGUGGAACUGCCAGAGACUCAACCUGCCGACGUCAGCUCCAGAGUCGUUCAGUUAUGUGUAGCUAAGCCUGAGAAGACGGUCGUGACGUGGUCGGCUUAUGUUGAGUAUAAAGGUUCGAAGUGCAUUCGUUUGCUGGAGAAGACGUGGAUUGUAUUGGAAGCGAUUCCGUUGGGAAAACUCGAGACUGAGUUUGAUCUGCACAAGACAAAAGAUGUCGAGGAGAUGGCGAACGUCGUUGUGGGCACGUACCAGCGCAAUGGCCAACGGAUGCUCCAGGCGAUGCUCGAGUAUUUGAAAGAUUGCCAACGAAAUCGGUGA